AUGAAGAUCAGCUUUAAUCAUGAAAAUGUCUCAACUUCUACAACCGUAAAUGAUCGAGUCCUCAAUAAGUGUUUCCUCCUCAAAGACACCACAAAAGAAGUCAUUCAUCUCAAAGCUUUUCAGGUCGAAUCAGCUUCGAUUUCCUUCUCCGUGACUUAUCAGAAAAAUGUAGAGAUUCGCCACGAAAAUCUCCAUGGACACGUAUUCAAGGCCGCUCUUGAAAGCCCCAAUCCUGUACUUAAACGCGAAUAUCACAUUCCAAAACAGUUUCUUGUCUCCCAAGAAACAUGCCUUCAUCAUGUCAUGAUUGUUUUGUCUGAGAUGCAUCUCCCGCCUCCUACUCAAGAACGUAUUAUCAGUUAUAUCUCAACAGAAUCCGUUAACUUUAGCAGCCGCCACGGAGGAAGGGGAAGAGGUCUCAAGGUCGAAGUCAACGUUAAAGUCAACGUGGAUCGUUGGGUGAGGAUUGGAUGCUGCAACAACGUUGUUGGUUGUCAGGUCCCGGCAAGACGAGUGAAUAGAACAGAGACGGAGAUGAAUUGUCCGAUAUGCUUAACGGAUUUAUCUAGUGCGGUGAGUCGCAUGGAGUUACGGUGUUCCCACGUUUUCCAUAGAGACUGUCUGAUGAAGUGGCUGAAGAAGAACCCUUCUUGCCCUAUCUGCCGAACCAAAACUCUUGGCGAAACUGUUUAUCUCUAUUAG